UUCUUCUUCUUUUGUUCUUAAUUCUCUUGAGUUUGAUCACAAAUCCCUUUUAUAUAAAGAGAGAGGUAACCAAAUCAUCUAUUCUCAAACGGUCAAAGAAUUCUAUAGUUCAGAUUCAACCGCUGGAAAAACAUAGAGAAGAGGCAAGCUUCACAGAUCCAAGGUCUUAAAACCAGAAGAAUUGAGUUGAGAAUUAGAGACAGAGAAAAAGAGAAGAUGUGGCCAUUCAAAAGAAGAGGAGUUUCUGGGUUUUCAUGGUCUUCCACAGCAGAAGAAGUUACUCUCGGAAUAGACGCCACUGGUCUUACUGCUAUUGUUACUGGUGCAUCAAGCGGUAUAGGUGCUGAGACAGCUCGUGUUCUUGCAUUGCGUGGUGUGCAUGUGAUAAUGGCAGUGAUUGAUAUGAUGGAUGCUUUUAAUGUUAAGGAUUCAAUACUUAAGCAAUUUCCCACUGCUAAAGUUGAUGUCAUGAAGUUGGAUCUAAGUUCAAUGGCCUCUGUUCAUCAUUUUGCAGAUCAGUUUAACUCAACUUCUCUUCCAUUGAAUAUUUUGAUAAAUAAUGCAGGGAUUUGUGCAUGCCCUUUCAUGCUAUCCAAGGAUAACAUUGAACUUCAAUUUGCUAUAAAUUAUUUAGGUCAUUUUCUUCUAACAAAUCUGUUGCUGGAAAAUAUGAAGAAAACAGCAAGAGAAAGUAAGAUACAAGGAAGAAUUAUUAAUGUCUCCUCCAUGGGUCAUAGAUUUACUUAUCCUAACGGAAUCCUUUUUGACAAACUUAACGAUCCAUCAAGUUACAGCAAUUGGCGUGCCUAUGGACAAUCAAAGCUUGCUAAUAUUUUACAUGUCAAUGAACUUGCAAGACGUCUUAAGGAAGAUGGAGUGGAUAUUACUGCUAAUUCUCUUCAUCCAGGAGCCACUGUCACCAAUAUUUACCUUCAGAGUCCUCUACUCACAGGUAAUCCAUACAUUUCUGUAACUUUAUGGUUUACAUCAGACUAAUGUAAAUAACAUCAU